GGCGGAAGCGUUUGGGUAUGGGGUGGCGGCUGCGUGCCAGCGGGCACGCCGAACGUACAUGUACACGUCCGAAGUAGCAGACACGCCGUCACACGAUCGCCAUCGUUGCCGUCUUCGCAGGCGCACCUUUGUCGUCGACGUGUACGCCGUGCACUCCGGUCGUCACUCGCAGCAUCACUGUUGUGCACCCCGACACACGUGGAGUCUUCUGUACUUGGCGACGCCCACGUCGACAGUACCAGUUUCGGCGACGGAUAUGAACGGGGAGGCGGGCCGUGACACACUGAGCAAGGUGGCGGUGGCAGCGGCCGUGAACGCCAUCCUCUUCCGGUGUCAAUUGCAGAGGAGCGAGGGGAGGAUGAGAGCGGCCAUUCGCGCACGGCGGAAGAGGAUGCUGCAGUCCAUGAAUGUGGACGUAGAGGACACUGGUGCCAUUUGCGACGCCGUACUGCAGGUGUGCUACGCCAUGGGGUGUGGAACAUUUCCCAGAGCGACGCCCAAGUGGUGGAUGAAGCGACGGACAAGGGGGACAUGGGAGGAUCUGCGGCAAGGCAACGAGGCGACGACCAACUACUUCAAGGACAAGCUGCGCAUGUCGCCACGUGUGUUCCGAGAGAUCGCGGAAGCUCUGUCUCGUUUCCUUGAACGGCGUGUCACUUUCUAUAGGGAGUCCCUCCAGCCUGACCACAUUGUCGCGUACGCUUUGUACAGGUGGGCGUCGGGGGAGACGUACGAGAGCGGGGCAUGCAUCUUCGGCAUUGGCAAAUCUUCAGGGUUGCGCGCUGUGCGGGAUGUAACUGCGGUGUUGCUGAGUGCGUACCCCGACAAGAUACUGUGGCCGACGGGGCUGCAAAAGGCGGUCGUCUUACGCGCUUUCGCUAACAAGGGUUUCCCUAACUGCAAUGGGUGCAUCGACUACACCCACAUCUUCAUCGACAAGCCAACGAAUUGCCCCGGGGAGGACUACUAUGAUAGAAAACACCGCUUCUCCGUCCAGGUGCAGGUCGUUGUCGAUCUGAACUUGCGCGUGCUGGAUGUGUUCGUCGGAUAUCUAGGAAGUUGCCACGACGUGCGGAUCGCCCACCUGUCGAGUUUAUGGGCGUGAGCGGAGGCAGGGGAGCUUUUCACUGGGCCACCUGUCAUGCUGCCUUUCGGUGUGCAGACGAACG